AAAUAACUCAACUCCUAAACCCCUUCUCAAGAAACGACUGGUCUGACUCUAAACCCUAUUGAAUUCUUCCACAACCGACUCAAUUCAAUUCUCAAUCAGCGAUCUCAAUACGAACACGACACACAAAAAGAGAAGGCAUAAUUGUUCCAAAUUCCGAUUAUCACUCAUCGGCAUAUCAAUAAUGAGAAGGGGGAUUCAACAGUUCCAGAAGGGUCUCGCUACAUGCGGGUACCUCACAUCGGGAAGAGGAUCCACAAGAGCAGUAGGAGUUUCGCCAGUUGUCUCGUUUCACACCACCACCACCACUACAAACACCACCAACAAAACCAGUUCAUUAUCUGGUGGCGGUGCUGGUAAUUUUGGUGUUCAAGCACCAGGUAGUAGCAAGUACUCGCCUCCUACAAAUCACAAAUGUAUUGUUGGGGCUGUUUCUUUCUCCGCUGCUGCAGCUGCUGUUUCUUCAUCAUCAGCUGUUUAUGCUAAAGAACCUGUCAAACCUGAAUUCCUUCCGAAAGAUGUCGUUCUUUAUCAGUAUGAAGCUUGCCCUUUCUGCAACAAGAUUAAAGCUUUCUUAGACUACUAUGAUGUCCCAUACAAAGUGGUAGAGGUGAAUCCAAUCAGUAAGAAAGAGAUCAAAUGGUCUGAGUAUAAGAAAGUCCCUAUCCUAGUUGUUGACGGCCAACAGAUGGUGGACUCGACAGAAAUAAUUGAUACCUUUAGCAAUAAGAUUCUCCGUCCUGAGAAAUCUAUUUCCAAGGAAGACGACACUGAAGAGAACCAAUGGCGUAGGUGGGUCGAUAAUCACUUGGUGCAUGUCUUAUCACCAAACAUUUACCGAAGUGGAUCCGAAGCACUCGAGUCUUUUGGCUACAUCUCAAGCCAUGGUAACUUUAGCUUCAUGGAAAAAAAAGUUGCGAAGUAUGCUGGAGCAGCAGCCAUGUAUUUUGUGUCAAAGAAACUGAAAAAGAAACAUAACAUCACUGAUGAGCGUGCAGCGCUAUAUGAAGCUGCCAACACAUGGGUGGAGGCUCUGAAAGGGCGUGAGUUUCUAGGGGGUGCUACACCAAACCUAGGAGACCUUGCUGUGUAUGGGGUUCUGAGACCCGUCAGAUACCUGACAUCGGGGAAAGAUAUGGUGGAGCACACACAGAUUGGUGAGUGGUACACAAGGAUGGAAAAAGCUGUUGGAGAGUCUUCAAGGAAGAAGGCAGAGGCUUAAGGUACUGGCACCUGAGCAUCCAAAGACAUGUUUUGAUCUCAAUGUCUUUAUCUUGUUAAAGUUUUAGUUUUUUAUAGGAUGAUAGAACAUAGUCAAAUUUAUUCCUAGCUUUGGUGGUGUUUCUAUGUGACUGCACAACUGGGGAGGCUAGGUUAUAAAGAAUAAAAGGUUUUCGCAGGAGUAUUAUAUGCUUCUAUCUGUUAAUUUUGAGAAGCCUAUAUUAACUAUCAAGAUUUGCAAACGAAUUUCGUAGUACAGCAGUGGAUAUGCUAGUUUUUUUACA